UGAAGAAAAAUAAAAAGAAGAAGCAUUUGGUCCACCACCAUCACCACCACCACAGCAGAGACAGCAGGGAAGGGACAAGAGAGAGGAGCAUCCCCUCGCAAAGCCUUUACACGCAAAACAACAACAACAACAGCCACCACUGUUUCUAACUCUCAGGUUCAGUACAAAUACAAUACAAAGGAGGCUCAAUGCCACCAGUUUGUUAUGCCUGAUAUUAGGUUGGUGAAGGCUUGAAAAUGGCGGACACUAAUUCAGUUGAAGUGAUUUUGGACUUUCUGAAGAAGAACCGGUUCACGCGAGCUGAAGCAGCUUUACGUGGUGAGCUCAAUAACCGUUCUGAUGUAAAUGGGUUCCUUCAGAAGCUUACAUUGGAAGACAAGGCGUUGUGUGAUGCAUCGCAGCAUGACAAGGGGAAGCCUGUGGUAGAAAAUCAAGGGUCGGGUUCUCGGGAUACUGUUGAAGUUUCUAAAGAACUGAUUGUGAAGGAAAUAGAGUGUGGGACUGGUAGAAAUGCUGCUGAAAGCAAAUGGAAAAGUGCUACUCCCACUGAGGAAAGGAAUAGAUCUAAUGAAGUGGUUGGGACGAGUGACAAGAACUUUGCUUUCUCAAAGAGUUCAGAGGCCGGUGUGUUUGAUUUGAACUCAUGGAAGAUUAAUCAUAGCAACGGUCCUGUGGAGCCUUACCAAAAUGAUGGUGGAAGCAGGGCUAAUAAUACUUUGAAGGCUCCGAUUUCUCAGCAAGCAAAAAAUCAAAUGAAUGAAGCCCCUAUUGCUGCUGCCAGUAAUACAAAAUCAGGGGAGGAAAAUAAUGUGCCUUGUGAAAAAAAAUCCUUGUGGGUUGGGAGUACUGGUAGUAAAGCCUCCAUGGAACCAACGUGUGACCUUAUGCAAAACAAAGAAUCUAGGGAACUUGACCGGCAGCUUAAAUUUAGUAGUUCGUCUUUUAAAGAGAACUUGGCAGAUAAUGUCUUGUCAAGAACUGAUGAGCUUUCUAGUUCAUCUUCAGACUUGUGGAAAGAUUGCUCAGUCAAGACUGUUUUCCCUUUCUCAAAGGGGGAUAUGUCUUCUAGCUAUAAUGGUUCAACUUAUUCUGACAAAAAAGAGGAGAAUAGAAAGACAGAAAUCAGUGAUGUUAGGGCAUAUAUAAAAGAGCAGGUGGAUGAAGUUGGUAGAGCUUUUUACUUGGGUAAGUUGCAAGGAAGUUCUGAACAGAAGGCGGUCGGUGGCUUAAGUUUUACUGUUGCCCCCGAGAAGCAGAGGGAAGAGUUUCCCAGGCUUCCUCCUGUAAAAAUUAAGUCAGAAGAUAAGCCCUUGACUAUUAAUUGGGGGGAGAAGUUAGAAUCUGAUGGACUCGCUGCAAAGCUUGCUGGUUCGGAUAGUUCAUUACUUAUUGGAUCAUAUCUGGAUGUCCCUAUUGGACAGGAAAUCAAAACUGCAGGUAUGAGGAAGGCUACCGGGGGCAGUUGGCUGUCUGUAAGUCAAGGGAUUGCAGAGGAUACAUCUGAUCUUGUUUCAGGUUUUGCAACAGUUGGUGAUGGGUUGAGUGAAUCUGUUGAUUAUCCAAAUGAAUAUUGGGAUUCUGAUGAAUAUGAAGAUGACGAUGACGUUGGGUACAUGAGACAACCUAUUGAGGAUGAGGCCUGGUUUUUGGCACAUGAAAUUGAUUACCCUAGUGAUAAUGAAAAGGGGACUGGGCAUGGAAGUGUGCCAGAUCCUCAGGAAAGAGGUCCAGCCAAAGAUGAGGAUGAUGAUCAAUCUUUUGCUGAGGAGGACUCCUACUUUUCUGGAGAGCAAUAUCUUCAAGAAAAGACACAUGUCACAGCUUCAAAUGAUCCCAUUGGUCUAAAGGUUACUGAAAUUUAUGGAAGAACUAAUGGUGAUGAUUUAAUGGCUCAAUAUGAUGGACAAUUGAUGGAUGUAGAAGAACUGAAUCUGAUGCAUGCAGAACCUGUCUGGCAGGGCUUUGUCACUCAGACAGAUGAUCUGAUCAUACUAGGAGAUGAGAAAGUUCUGAAUCAUAGUGGAAGACCACGACUUGAGGACAUGGAAGAUGAUCAACACGGUUCAGUUAGGUCAAUUGGGGUUGGGAUCAAUAGCGAUGCUGCUGACAUUGGCAGUGAAGUGCAUGGAAGUUUGGUUGGUGGUAGUAGUGAAGGGGAUUUAGAAUAUUUCCGUGAUCGCGAUACUGCAAUGGGGCGCUCCAAACACUCUCAUCAUGAUUUGGAUAAGAAUUCUAUGACCAAAUCAUUCAAAAAUAAGAAGAAAAACGAAAAGAGUGAGUCUAAAAAAUAUGUCAUUGGGGGUGAUAAAGGUGUAUGCUCGCAAAUAAAAACACACAUGGAUGUCAACUUCUCAUUCCCCCCAUCUUUUAACGAUGGCCAGAUGAAUCAGGCUGGCUCCAGUAAAUCCUUGUGGUCAAAUAAUUGUCAUGCAGAUGAAACAGAUGACUAUAUUAAUACUUUUGUGGGAUCUGAUGAUUGGAGGCGAAAGAGUAGUGAUUCUUCACCUGUUAAAAGUUCGAGGGAUGAGGAUAAUGCUAAUGCAGUAAGAUCCACAAACUCCUCCCCCACUACAGUAUCAGAUUAUGGGUAUGCUGAUAAAGAGCAUGUCAAGCUAGAAAAGGAUGAAGAGGUUGGCAUUGCAAGGGAAGAUGAUCUAGGUGCUGCAUCACUAGAGGAUGAAGAGGUUGCUGCUGUGCAAGAGCAGGUUAGGCAAAUAAAGGCUCAGGAGGAGGAAUUUGAAACCUUCAAUCUAAAGAUCGUGCACAGGAAAAACAGAACUGGCUUUGAGGAGGACAAGAAUUUCCAUGUUGUUUUAAAUUCUGUAUUAGCUGGGCGCUAUCAUGUCACUGAGUAUCUGGGAUCUGCUGCAUUUAGCAAAGCUAUACAAGCUCAUGACCUGCAUACAGGCAUGGAUGUUUGUGUUAAAAUUAUAAAGAACAACAAAGACUUCUUCGACCAAAGCCUUGAUGAGAUCAAGCUUCUCAAGUAUGUCAAUAAGCAUGACCCUGGAGACAAGUAUCACCUUCUGCGAUUAUAUGACUAUUUCUAUUAUAGAGAACAUUUGUUAAUAGUAUGUGAACUACUUAAAGCCAACUUAUAUGAGUUUCAUAAAUUUAACAGAGAAUCAGGGGGGGAAGUGUACUUUACAAUGCCAAGAUUGCAGUCAAUUACCAUUCAAUGUUUAGAAGCACUUAAGUUUCUACACGGCCUUGGACUAAUACAUUGUGACUUGAAGCCGGAGAAUAUUUUGGUUAAAAGCUAUAGCAGAUGUGAGGUGAAAGUCAUUGAUCUUGGAAGUAGUUGUUUUGAGACAGAUCACCUUUGCUCGUAUGUUCAGUCCAGGUCAUAUCGUGCUCCUGAGGUUAUUUUGGGACUUCCAUAUGACAAGAAGAUUGAUAUCUGGUCCCUUGGAUGCAUCUUGGCAGAACUUUGUACUGGCAAUGUCCUUUUCCAAAAUGAUUCACCUGCCACAUUACUUGCUCGGGUGAUUGGGAUCAUUGGUCCAAUUGAUCAAAGUUUGCUUGCAAAAGGACGGGAUACAUAUAAGUACUUCACAAAAAAUCAUAUGCUUUAUGAACGGAAUCAGGAAAGCAACCGGUUAGAAUACCUGAUCCCAAAAAAGACAUCAUUGAGGCAUAGAUUGCCGAUGGGUGACCAAGGCUUCAUUGACUUUGUUAAUCAUUUGCUCGAGGUUAAUCCGAAGAAGCGGCCUUCUGCAUCUGAGGCCCUGAAGCACCCAUGGUUAUCAUACCCUUAUGAACCAAUAUCAUCUUGAAGUUGUGGGGGGGUUUUCUCUUGGUGAUAAUGUCAAUAUUGCCCUAGUCGGUUCGGAACAUCGCUGAAAGGGAAGGUGCCACCUUUGCAUCCUUGCUGCUUUUCAUUAUCAAUUUUAAGGAUAACAUGGAAAGUGUUCUUCCCCUUCAUAUUACUGCAUAAUCCAUUGAAAGUUGCUUGGUUUUGUGGGUAAUGGUUGUCUUUUCCUCCCCUGCAUGAUGAUCAAUGAUGUAAUUUAGAACAUAUGAUGUAAUGUUAGGCUGUUGAUUUCUUUGCUUUGUUUGGUUAGAAUCUUGGCUGUACAUGAUGUGGGAUCAAUUCUUUUAGUCUAUUUAGUAGCAUUUUCUGUAGUAGCUACUUUUCAGAUUAUGCAUGGUGUUCAUGCUAAUGUUGGAAGUACCAGUUAAAGCAAGUUGGUGACACAAGACAUGCUGAACACAGAUGGGACUUGAGAUGCAAAUUUGAAGCAACUAAAUUGUAUCUUUGAUGGUGUAAUGGAGCAUCAUUUGGUUUAUUGUAGUACUUUGGAUAUGGUAGCCAAUGCGGUUUUGAAAAAAGUGUGGUCUGUGGGUGGCAUCUUUGGCAUGUGGUUACAAAUUAUUCGAGUGCCUCUUGGCAACAAGAAUUUCUAGUUUUGCUUUUUCUCUCUUCUCUUGAUUCUUUAAUCAAGUUAUUUUAUGUUCUUGAUUAACGUUAUUUUCCAUGUAAAUAUUAUCUUCACUAUUUCAUA